UAUUUCAUUAGAAGAGAACAAAAAUUCAAAUCAGCUGGUACACGACAAGUUCUAAGAAUUAGAUAAGCAUAUCAUCCAAAUAAAUUGGCAUCAAGAAGAAAUUCUGGUUAAAAUUCGAAUCGCGCGCCUUUUGGUUUUUGUUCCUUUUCUUUUUGAAUGUUUACAAAUUUUAGAAAAUAGUUUAGUCAACUUUAACCUGUUGCCUUAAUCUCCAAACUUCCUUUUAGAUCUUAAUUUAAUUUUAUUUAUCUUAACUAUUACAAUUGUUAACCAUUUAAACCUUUUGUCAGGGGAUUGGAAUAUUUAUUUGAAACAAUUAGGAAGAAUCCUAGUUCACUAAGAAAGUGAAUCAAUUAUUAAAAGUGUUUCCAUUAUUUUCCUCUUGGAAACUGAAAGUUUUCUCGUUUGAAUAGUUAACGAGGUUAAUUGUUAACUUUAAAUGUUUGUUUUCAUUAAAGAUAAAUGUGAUUGUAGCCAUUUAUGCAAAAUCGUUGGUAUAGUCUCAUGUUGAGUUGAUAUUUUCUAGUUAAUUGAUCGAAGUUAAGUGGUGACAAUGAUUUUAACUUGUUUAAUAUGUUGAUCUUCACAUUAAAUUAUGAUAAAAGGAUUAAGCAAUCAAUUGAUCAACAAGUUGGAUUGUGGUCACGAUCAAAGUGAAGUUUUUUAUGUUCACAAAUGUUUAAAGACAUUUUGUCAUCAUUGUAAACAAGAAAACCGACCAUGUGUCUUAUGUAAAACCGAUCUCAUCGAAGCUGAUUACCUCAAAGCCAUUGACAAGAAAAGAUGUGGAGAUGAUUCCGUUUGUAACAAUCAAGCCAUUUUCCAUUGUUUGUGUAGUAAAAAAGAUUUUUGUGAGGCUCAUUUACUCAAAUUUCAUCGAAAAAUUUUAGCAUCUAAAAGAUGUUGUGCUGUUAUUCUCAAUUCGAGCACGGAUGAACCUUCAUGUUCCAAAUGUGACAAUUUUAUCGCUGAAUUUGUGGACAAGACAACUAAUGAACUAUUCUGUGAGACAUGUAGUAAGAACAAGUCAGCUAGUAUUGUGCCCAUUGAACGUGACAAUAACAACAAUAAUAACACCGUUAACAUCGAUAUUGACAAAAAUUUUCAUAUUCAUCGGGAUAUUAUUGGUAAUCAAUUGAAUUUAUUGAGCACAAAGCUUGAAGAGUAUACCAAUGAGAUUGAAAAAGAAAAGGACCAGUUCGAUAAGCAAAUCAACCACUUGCAAAAAGAAUUGGAAUCUUAUGUGAACAUUAACAAAGAUCAAUUAGACUCUUUGCGAGCUUCAGUUGACAAAGUUAAACAAUUUUUAGAUCUAUUGAAUCGCAGUGAUAAACUUGGAAUAAUUAAUCUAAUCAAAUCGGAUAAACUCAACUAUAAACUUGUGGACUCGAAAUUACGGCUGUGGGUUGAAGAGAUCGUUCAAUCGUAUAAUAUUCCUGAAUUAACAAAAUCGGGUUUUAACUGGAUCGAAGAGACUGAUUUUUAUGAGUUGGUUCCUGGUCCACGGAAUUGGAGGUCUAAUCAUAGUCCAUUCUUUCCAGAUAAUUUACUUAAAUUGACUCACGACUUUAUAAAAGAUCAUCUUCGUCAUAAAAAUGAAUGUAACUCUCCAUCCUGCCCCUGUAAGUCGAGCAAUCUUAUCAACUGUAUCCAACAAAAGUUUGUCAACCUCACGAAUCAAAAACAACUUACAAAAAACGAUUUGGAUUAUUUUCUCGACUGUUCUUCCAUUGCUGGUGGUGAUGUUACUCUAUUAGUUGAAACUGGUAAACGAGCUUUUAAUCAGUCAGUAGAUUUGACGUUUGCUCGAAUAUGUUUUGAAGAGGCACAUCGAAUCGAUCCAAACAAUUGGUUUGUUCUCGACACUUUAAUGGGUCUUUAUUUCGUGCUUAAUGAUCACGAUAAUUGUCUACAACUCGCAAUCAAAGGUUUAAUUAAAGACGGGGAUAACUUCAAAGCUCGUGUAUUAGUCUCAGAGAUAUUGAGACUUUCACCGUCCUUACGAUCAAAAUUGCCUGUUGAGUUAGAAUAUUUACACAACUGGAAUCCUUGUAAUGGUCAUGAUAGAAAGACAAAAGUUUUGGACGAGCUCGUGAGUUUAAGAGAACUCUAUAAUUUACGAAGCGUAUGUGGAGCAAAUCAAGAUGAUGCUUCGAAAUUUUUGAAUUUAUCUCUCAAUCCGGAAACACUUUCGUCGUUAAAAUCCCUAAUUUCAGUUUUAAUAACUGUUCAUAAUGAAAUGACAAAACACAGAGUUGAUUUAAAUGAAGUAAUAAGGUUAGAAAUCCUUAACAAUUCUAUCGCUCAACCAAUUCCUCCACUGAGUAUGAGUCUUUCUGGCGUCGAAAUGUCAAAUGAUAGUAAUAAGCGUAAAAAACGAGGACCAGGCUCUGGUUUAUUUCUAAAACGAAGACCAACUUGCGUUAGAAGUAUAAUAGUCGACAAUAUGUAUGAAAAAGUAUUCUCGAUGUUCCCUGAAAGUGUUUUAACUCGUGAAAUACUGCAAGAAGGCCAUUUAGAGAUAAAAACACGAAACAAAGCUCAACUGGAGAAUCUGAUUUUGACACGUUACAUGUUCCGACAAAAGCCAUUCGUCUCAAAAGGCAGAGAGUUUAACCAACUAAUAAGUGAUCUUCUCUACGAAAUAGCAGAUCAAGCAGCUUUAAUCAAAUUACCUUCCAAUUUCAUGGAUCUGUAUGGAAUCCAUCGAAAAUGGUAUCCGCUACUUUCAACUAUUUCAACCAAGAACAUAACACCAGAAGAGAUAAACUUAAUCUUGACUGCCAAUGAGAUGAAAUUUAAUCAACCUGAAGCAAUAUUUUUGACUGAAUCAAUUCCAUUUCUGCGAGAUUUAUUGAAUCCCAUAGAUUAUGAUAAAUUUUUCAUUCGUCUCAUGAUUCUUCGAGGAAUCAAAGAAUCUAAAGUUGAUUAUCUUCUGAUGGCAAAUGAAGUUUUCGAAAAAUCUAACCUUAAAUUGGUUCAAACAACAAAUCAAACAGUUUACAGUUCAUCUAUUCUUAAAUCAAUGAUAAACAAAAUGAAUGAAAAUAAAUUGGACACAUUAUUGGAUCAACAUCGAAAUGAAGAAAUCUUUGAACUUUUAGCAUCUGAACCGGAACUUUCUAAACAAGAAGAAAAGUAUUUUUGUCAAGCUAUUGAAUCAUCACAACACUGGAAACGAGGUGUCGAAAUACUUUCUCGACGCAAUCAAUACACUCAUCAAAUGCUAAAUCUAUUACGAAUGUGUUUGAAGAAUGGGGAUAAUCUAUCAAUUGAUCGAGAGUUUGCUAUUAAGCUUUUAGAAUUAGGCACCGAAGAUUACAAUGCAAUGGCCUGGACUUGUUUACUACAAACAUUCAUAAACGAGAUGCGAAACACAUUGCCAAAGGGCAAAUCACUUAUUCUCCUAAAAUGUAGCUUCCUGACUGCUCAUAAAGGAACGGGGGUUAAUCUACAUUGGGACAAUAUUCAUUUUAUUUAUGAUCACUUUACUCCUAAAACGUUACCAAGUUUUGACGAAAGAUCUGAUCCGAUUGAUUCAAAGACUGAGGAGCUGUUUCGAUCUUUACUUUCGCUGAUUCCUGACAAUUUAAAUCCUGAAAGAUAUUCUCAAUUUAUUUCUGAAUAUAUUGAUAAUGGAAAACCAAUUGAAGCUUCAUCAAAUAUUCCGAAACAUCGAGUUACUCAAAAUAUUUAUUAUUAUUUAGCUGAUUAUUACCUAAAACACCAAGACUUCGAGAAAGCGAUGAAAUUUUAUAUUCUUGAUUUAACUUUGAAUCGCAAUCGAUUCGAUUCAUGGGUUGGUUGUGCUCUUUCACUAGCAGAUGAGAUUGAACAAUAUUCUUCGCCUAAUUGUCAAGUUUUCUACUCAUCUACUGAAGAAAUGCUGCUCUUAGGAGAAAAAGUAUUUCGGUGUUUCAAUGAAGCGAUUCGGCUCAAAGAUAAUAGAUCCAAGGUAUGGUAUAAAUAUGGAAAGUGUGCUUAUAACAUCGCGAGUUAUAUUUCUCGAAUCAUGAAACUUGGAACAGUUUUGGAGAAUUCACAAAAAGUAGAAAUGAACCAACAGCAUAAGCGAUUCUUAGACCAAGCACAAGUUUGCUUCGAAUCAACUAGCAAAUUUUCUAAGGCUGAUGAAAUUCGGAUGGCUUAUAAUUUGAGAGAUGCUGAACAAUUGUUCAAAAUGGCAACGAUUUUGGCUUCAUCAGAAUUGGGUAGCAAAGGAUUUCUUCGUGAAACCGAUCGGGAAAAUCUUGGAAAACAAUCAAUGCAACAUUGUUUUAACAUUUACGAAAGUCGAAUUGCAAAAGCAAAAGGAAAUCGAAACAGUUUAGAUCAAAUAAAAGUUGAUGUAAGAAGAAUUUGUAACAAAUUGAUGGAAUAUCCUAUCUAUAAAAAACAGGCUGAACAAUUUCUCGAAAAACAUGUCGAAUGUGUAACAAUUGAUUAGUUGAAGUGAUCGAUUUCCAUGAUGAAAGAUUUUUUUUAACAAUAUUUCUCAAAUUUGCCAGAAUCUUUAACGAAACUAAAUUUCACAAAUAAUAAGGCGGCUUUGUCGAGUGUAUAACAAUUGAUUAAUUAUCAUCAUUUGAGUGAAUCUUUUUUAAUUGAUUGAUUUUAACGAUCAAAGAUUUUCCAAUUUACUUUUUUUUAUGAGAACAAAAAAAAUUUUCGAAACAAAAUAAUAUAUAAUAUCCUAAAUAAUAAAGAAAUAUAAUAAUCUUA